AUGACAUGUCCGUGUGUUGACCAAUGGAAGGCAAUAAUUCUACCUCGAGCCAGCCAUCAUCACACCCGAAACGACAACGAAUACAUCUCCGUGACAAUGGCUGCUUUCCCUCCUCCCCCGGUCAACACCAUUGACUGGUCCAACGUCGGCUUCAAGGUCCGCGAAGUCAAUGGCCACAUCGAGUCGACCUACUCCAAGACCACCGGCCAGUGGUCGCCCCUGAAAUUCGUCGCCGACCCCUACAUGCGCAUCCACGGCAUGUCGCCGGCCCUCAACUACGGCCAGCAGGCCUACGAGGGCCUCAAGGCCUUUCGCCUGCCCGGCGACUCGGCCAUUGCCAUCUUCCGGCCCGACCGCAACGCCAAGCGCCUGCAGCACUCGGCCGACGUCGCGUCGAUGCCGCACGUCCCCGAGGCCAUGUUUGUCGAGGCGUGCCGCGCCGCCGUCGCGCUCAACGCGGGCUUCGUGCCGCCGCACGAGACGGGCGCGGCCAUGUACGUCCGCCCGCAGCUGUACGGCUCGAGCGCGCAGCUGGGGCUCACGGCGCCCGAGGAGUACACCUUUGCCGUGUUCGUCAUCCCGACGGGCGUGUACCACGGCACGCACCCCGUCAAGGCGCUCAUCCUCGACGACUUUGACCGCACGGCGCCCAAGGGCACCGGCCACGCCAAGAUUGGUGGCAACUACGCGCCCGUGCUGCGCUGGAGCGACAAGGCCCGCAACGAGGGCUACGGCAUCACGCUGCACCUCGACAGCGCGCGCCACGAGGAGAUUGACGAGUUUAGCACGAGCGGGUUCAUUGGUGUGGUGGCCAGGAGCGAGACGGACGUCACGCUCGUGGUGCCCGACUCGAGCUGCGUGAUUGACAGCGUCACGAGCGACAGCGUGCAGGAGAUUGGCCGCAGCUGGGGGUGGAAGGUGGAGAAGCGCGCGGUCAAGUACAGCGAGCUGCCGAGCUUCACAGAGGUCAUGGCCGCGGGCACGGCGGCGGCGCUGGUGCCGAUCCGGUCGAUCACGCGCCGCAGCAAGGGCGGCCUGCCGACCGACGCCAAGAAUGUGACGACGGAUGCCGAAUCGGAGACGGUGACGUACAUCCCGGAGGCGCAGGAAGAUGCGGGCCCUAUAUGUCUAAAGGUCCUGGCGCAGCUCAAGGGCAUCCAGCUGGGCAAGGUGGAGGAUACGUUUGGCUGGCGGUGCAAUGUGGGUGUGGAGGAUCUCAAGGUCGAUGGCGCGCAGACGAAUGGGCAGGCGACGCCGCAGACUGUGGACCAGAUGGACUAA